UACACUUGGUAUAGUUAAAUACAACAAAUUAUUUCGUGGAAUAUUCUACAUCCAAGUUAACAUGGCGUGAAGGCAGUAAACAUAGAUUAACAUUUUAUGGACGAAACAGGUUCUUCCUCUCGUCUUACCUAUUUACUCUGCUGUUUGAAAACCAAAUGCCUGCCGAAUGAGGAAAUAAUAUUGAUGGACUCUGAUAAAGAGGAUGAAUCAAGCGUAGACACUUCGGGUGUGACGACUGGUGUGAGUAAAGUGAUUGUAAAUGAACCAGUGAGAGGGCAACGCUCGGACCACGAUACCAACAACAAAACAAUAAACAUGCCGCUACCCGGCAACAUGGCCAUCCGGCCAAUAGGAAAGCGGUUCUUGAGUCACGUGUUUAGCCGUCAACCAAUGAGCGAGCAAUCUAUAGUCUCCAACUGUACUGUGACGGGGGAUCACGAACACCAGAUUCAAUCCCACGACAAAUCCCGUAAUGUUGACCUUGGAAUAUCUAAAAAUGGUGGAGUACAUGUAUCAAACCGGCGUCGGGUCCAGUGGUUAGAGGAGGUAAGAGUCGUCCAUGUCCAGUAUAGAGAGGACGGUGGCAGCGAGAUAUGUGGAGUCAGCAGGGAGAAACUCAGAGAUCCUUGUUCCACUUACGUACCGUACAGAGCAUCCUCCCAUGAGCGUCUCCAUCCUGAUACUAAAUAUUUUUGUGCUAAAUAAACUACACGUUGUAUUAACUA